AUGCAGAGCCUCAGGGUUUCCUUCUUCUCGCUGCUGAGGGGGAACGACCCGCGUCGAGACAGCAGCAGAAACACAAAUGCAGAGAGUAGCCUCUCUCGCUCUCACCAGAAGAAUACUGAUGCAAUUGCAACUGCUUCAGAAAGAGGAAUCCCAGGGGCAGCAGUAAUCCUAGCAGCGGCAGCAGCAUGCGCAGCAGCAACAGCAUCGACUGGUGCCAGUAGCAACAGCAGCAAGGGCCGCCGCAGCGUCAUCAUGCUUCUGCAUCCGCAGAGCAGCAGCUGCAGUAGAGGAGACGAAACUGCCGCUGCAGCCGCCUCUGCUGCUGCUGCUGCUGCUGCUGCCGCCGCUGACCCCCCUUCACAGCCGGGAGGCUUCCUGCCCCGGGUUGCUGUUGCAGCAACAGCUGGAGACCAGUGGCUUCUGCUUGAGAGCAGCAGCAGCAACAGCAGCGGCAGCAGCAGUGAGGACGACUGCAGCAGCAUAGACAGUGAUGGCGUCGUAGUAGCGAGAAACAGGAGCAACAGGAGCAGCAGCAACACCAUACUUAACGCAUUCCGGCCCACGCACACCUAUAGAUGGAGGCGCAUCAGCCUCUCCCCAGCAGCAGAAGCAGCAGAUAAACAAGGAGAAAGUGACCCUUCAGCAGCAGCAGAAGCUGCUGCAGCUGCAGCUGCAACAGCAGCAGUGCCAGCCGAAACAGCAGCAACAGGAACAGCAGGAGCAGCAGAAGCAACGGGAGUAGCAGCAGCAGCAGCAGAUGAAGCUGUAGCCCGUCUUGCUGCCUCUGUCAGGAACAAUCCAUCUGUGUUGCUGCAGCGUGAAUGCUUCGGCGAUUACUUGCUGCUGCUGCAGCAGCAGCAACAGCAAUGGCUGCAACGAAUCUGCACCUGCUGCCACGGUGGCAGAGAACCGCAGCUGCACAAACUCCUGCUGCUGCUGCGGAAUGCCUUUGCCUUCACUUUCUUGAGGGAAGCAGCAGCAGCAACAGCAGCAGCAGCGGCGACAGGGACAGCAGCAGCAACAGCAGCAACAGAAGCAACAGCAGCAGCGACAGAACCAGCAACAGCAACAACAGCAUUCACCGCCCCAGGUGCUGAACCAUCAGAUACAGAGAAGGAAGCAGCAGCAGCAGCGGCUGCUGCUGCUGCUGCUGCUGCUUCUAAUGUUGCUGUUGCUUGCGCUGUUACUGCUGCCCCUGCGGAAGUUGCAGCUACCACUACCGCUGAUGCGGUUUCUUCUUUGCUGCUUCUGGUGCUGCUGUUGCUGCUGCUGCUGCUCCUGUGUGUGCUGUUGUUGUCUCGCCUGGUCUGA